AUGACGGACCGUAUUUGGACUCUGAAAAGUAUGAUGCCUUUUUUUCAGAGGCUUCUAUCCAUCUUUGAACUCAACGCAAUGAAUCCAACCUCGACUGGGUGCCGCAACCCGGCGACCCGGGACCCCGAGACUGCAGGGACGAAGAUGGGCCGAGAUAUCCAGCGAGAAUUGAGAUUGGCACUGAGGCAAAUUUACGACGAAAGAGAGAAGAGCAGCGUGCAUGCGCAGGGCGCACUAGAAGGAGGUGGUCCCGAUCCUGUGGGCAAGACGUGUAAUCGGCGCCCGCCCGCCACCGAAUACAAGUGCCGCGCGAAAGGACAACCUAACUUCUUGGUACGAGAGUCUGGCGGACUAGAGGAGCACGAGGGCACGAACUAA